GAGAGGCAGAGGCAGUGCAAGCAAGCAAGCAGCGCUCAACUAAGCUAACGAACCCACCUACCCAGGUAGCUCGGCAGCCAUGAACAUGAACUGCGGAAGGGGUCCCGCUCCGGCGACGAUGGUGCGCUGCAGGCAGUGCAGCGCCAGCGUCGCCGCGCCGCCCGGCGCCCGUGCCGUCCAGUGCAUGCAGUGCUGCUGCGUUACCCGCGUCGGCGGGGGUGGCCGACAGCACGGGGCGAUGGUGCCGGCGAUGCGCCCCAUCCCGGGCUUCGGCGGCGGCCGCGGCAAGAAGCGCGCCGUGCUGGUGGGGAUCAAGUACACCAACACUCGCGCCUGCGAGCUCAGGGGCCCCAUCAACGACGUCAAGUGCAUGAGGUACCUCCUCACCGAGCACUUCGGCUUCGCCAACGACUGCGUCCUCAUCCUCACCGAUGAGGAGAGGGACCCGUGCAGGCAGCCGACCAAGAACAACAUCCGCAUGGCGAUGCACUGGCUGGUGCAGGGUUGCAGCUCUGGCGACUCACUGGUGUUCCAGUUCUCCGGCGCUGGCGUGCAGGUCCCUGACUGCAGCGGCGAAGAGCGUGACGGCAUGGACGAGGCCAUCUGCCCCCUGGACUCGUUCCAGCAGGGCCCCAUCCUGGACGACGAGAUCAACCAGGCCAUCGUACGCCCGCUCGUGCACGGCGUCAAGCUCCACGCCAUCGUCGACGCCUGCCACAGUGCCACCGUCCUCGAUCUCCCAUACCAGUGCACCUUCUCCAAGCAGUACGGAUGCUUGAGGUGGAGGGAUGAGCGCCCUCUGAACGGCGCCUUCAAAGGCACCAGUGGUGGCCAGGCCGUGCUCAUCAGUGGCAGCAGCAACGGAAAGACCCAGAUGAACAUGAUGCCUGGACCCGAUGCGACGGUUGGCGCCAUGACGCACAGCUUCAUCAGAGCAGUGGAGUGCGAGCCGCGCACCACCUACGGCCACCUGCUCACCUCCAUGAGGACCAUCAUGCGCGAGGGCGGCGGCAACUGCAACCUGCAGGGCCCCGCCGGCGGCUGCAUCCGCAAGGUGGCCAACUUCAGCGGGGUGGAGGAGCCCCAGCUGUCUUCUGCUUGCAAGUUUGACAUCCACCGCGAGCCAUUCUGCAUGUAGAACCCGCGCGGGGGUUCAUCGUCGCUGCUGGAGGCUACUGCAGUCGACGAUUACCACCUACACGGCUAAUCAUCGAUCAUAUCGAGAUAGCCGAUCAGUGGGAUAAAUACUAUGAUGCCUGCUUCUAGUAUGUGUGAUAGCCGAUCACCUCACCUGCCGCCAUGCCAUCCAGAAUGAGCAUAGCUCAUAUAAGGCUCUGGAGGACCACGUUCCCUACUGUACUGUACGUCUGUAUGUACGUACCUCACUGUAAUAAGGCUGUGGUGGUGUUGUGCAUCGUCUCAUACCCUUCAAUAAAUCAAAUUAUAUGCUGCUUCAUCUUCAAAA